CACACACACAAACAAACACACAGUCACGUUUAAAACUAAUGGGUUGCUGUAUUUCGUUGGCUGAUGGGCGGAUCCUGACACUGAGCAGAAGCUGUGCUCGGAGUUAGGGGUUGAGUUAGACAUUUGUUAGCAGCAGGAGAGGAGCUGAUGCUGGAGUGGAAUUUUAACCCGGACCAGGACUAAUCAACUUGUCUCAGCCCCUCCUGGCUUCAGUUGCGGUUCUUUUCCCUGGGAGACCCGAACGAAUAUAAGCAUGUUGACUGAAAUGUUUUCUUAUCGAAGACUUUUUGGAUCAUUUAAUUUUGAUGCCUGUCUCUGAGUUUGAGACUGAGUUUCCCUGUGCAGUAUAAACUCUCUCUUCCCCUCCCCAUGGCGGAGCUGAUCGAGCUGCGGGACUUGAGAGAGGACACGCUGAGUCCCAGCAGCCGCUCGGUGUACCGCUCGUCCGGUUUGGAGAGGACCAACGCCAUGAGGAUCAGCCCCAGGAGCCGGGCUUGCAGCGUCCAGGACAUGGGUAAGGCGGCCAGACAAGAGCGCAAGAGCCGGCAGCGGUUGCUGGUGGUGGAUCAGGAGCCGAGACUGACUGAGAGACUGGGGGAAGGACACGAUUUCAACCCUUGCACCCAGACACAGCCCAGCUGGUGUGACCUGUGCGGCGACUUCAUCUGGGGUCUAUACAAACAAAGUCUGCAGUGCGCAAAUUGUAAAUUCCGUUGUCACUACCGCUGCCGACCCCUGAUUCAGUUGGACUGUAACCGGCCAAAGACCAAGAGAUCAGAUGUCACGGAAAACACACUGGAACAAGACACAAAUGUGAUGACGUGGACCAGCACUAGCAGCAGUGGUUACUGCAGUCAAGAAGAAGACUCAGAGUUUGAACAGUUCUUCACUGCCAGGACCUCCUUCAUCAAGAAACCCAGGAAGUACAAGGAUGAGUGCAUUGAUUGGAAGAAGGAAGUUCUUUCACGAGAUGAAAUUGAACCCAAGAUUCAGGAGUACAACUCUCAGAUCAAUAACGAUCUCUUGAUGACGCUGAACAGUGACGGAACAUACACCGGGUUCAUUAAGGUUCAGCUGAAGUUGGUAAGGCCUAUCUCCGUGUCUGCGAACAUGAAGCCUCAAUCAAUCUACGACGCCAAGAAAGCCAUGGGACCGGCACACCCGCAGCCAAUAAAACGCCGCACGUCCUUCUACCUCCCGAAGGACACCGUGAAGCACUUGCACAUCAGCAGCCACACGAAGGCCAGUGAGGUGAUCAAAGCGCUGCUCAACAAGUUCAUGGUGGUGGACAAUCCCCGCAAGUUUGCCUUGUUUGAACGGGUGGAGAAAGAUGACCAAGUUUACACUCGUAAGCUUUCUGAUGACGAGCAUCCCUUAUACCUGCGACUGUUGGCUGGGCCGGAUGAGAAAAUGCUAAGCCUUGUCCUCAAGGAGAAUGAGACGGGAGAAGUGAAUUGGGAUGCCUUCACUGUGCCUGAGCUGCAGAACUUCUUGCGAAUCCUUCAGCGCGAGGAGGAGGAGCAUGUCAGACAGAUGUUUGGAAAGUAUGCCCGCUGCAAGCAAAAAAUGCAAGAGGAGCUUGCCAACCGGUCCCCGGGCUGACCUGGAUCCCAUGCCACCCCAUGACGAGAGAGAGAGAGAGAGAGAGAAAGGGUGGGACAUAAAAUACACGCGCAUGCGCACUUGUAUGAACGGUGAGAUGGUCUUAAAACCAACAUUACCUGGCCCGGCCAGUGACAGAGUGUGAACUGUGGAGAAUACGAGUUAUGAGUGGGGUUACUGCGAGUGGAGUGGGAUAUUAAGGGGGAAGGUAUACAGCCUCUUCCUGACAUUAUUAAGUGCGACUGAGAAACCGUUACUGAACGGAACUAUUAAGUGCCACGGCUGGAAAGUGCUGACCUGCAGGGCGAAGUCCCUCUGUCACAUUGACUGACGUUAUGCCAGAAGGCACCAAAAUGGACAACAGGACAGAGAGCUGAUUGUUUCGUUUUUGUUCUUUUCUUGAAGUAGAUGGCUGGUUCAUUCACUGCUUCUGCACAAGGUGGGUCAUUGGAUUGGUUGUUGUAGCAGCCUGUUUUUAAGUGUAUGCCUUGUAUUCUGGCUAACCCCUCAGGACUGAAUAACAUGUAGGAAUGAGUACGGAUGGGAGGGGUUAGCAUAUCUCAGAAUUUAACUUUAAAGACACAUCAUUUCAGAACUUGUGGAAUCCCUUCCAUCAGAAAUUUCACAAUCUUAGCCUGACUACUGGAGCAAGGUCAAUGAGCUAAGAUCGAGUUACUUACUGCAGUAAAAUUUGUAUUAUCUGGCAUGCACCAUGCAUCAGUAAUGCUGCUUAACUCAUUGAGCUUAUAGUAAAAAUCAAACAAAAACAUAAACAGAGUCUUAGAGCCUCUCCACUUGAAUUCUUUUCACUGUAUGUAUGGAGGGAAAAAUACUCCACAGACAUUUCCUUCACAAUCACCUCAGACCGAUAACGUUAGUAUUUUAUAUAGCAGCAGUGAAGCUGGGGAAGUUGGAGGGGGCGUGCUGCUGAGAACAUCGGAGAUUCUGCAGAUUCAAGAUAACCUGAAUUUUACUGUGCAUGAUGAGAAAAGCUGAGUUCUUCUGCUCCAUUCCUCCUCCAUGUUUUACCCACUCGCCCUCCUCACCUGCGCAGAACAAUGACUGAAAGCAGUGGCAAAAACCUUACAUGACAGCGAAAUGGUAAUGUUAAUGGAUUAUGAAUCAGCAGACAGGACUAAUGCUCUGGAGACGAGUUUGAAUCUAACUGCGCAAGCUGUGGGAAAUGUAAAUUUAAUAAAUAAAUCUGGAAUUAAAAAUCAA